UUUAAAAAAUCGAGGUUUCCUGACGUGGGGGGCAGCUAGUGGCGUAGGCAUGGGAAGCCAUGGGGGCACAUGCAACCCCAUUCAAACUGCGGAUAGAAGUGAAUGAAAACGAAACAUAGGGGGUGUUUUAUGGGAGAGGGAAAGAGGAUGAUAGGAUACGGUCCCACACCAUCCACCAAGCUAUGACCUUGUAUGUUCAAAUUCAUCAAAGCAUGGAGUUAAGACCGGUACCCCGUCCCCUAUGGUGCCAGUACUGCCCCUACGAAUAUGUAUCAUUGUUCUUUCGACAUUAAAAGGUAUUGCUGUCAACACAUUUAUCAAAUUUGACAUCUUGCAAACUUGGAUGACAGAAUAACAAAAUAACAAAUCAACGGUCAUUCCUUUGGAAGUAUAUAGCGCAAAAUAAUUUGGUUAUGAGGUUGGUAAGAGCCAAUUAUACAAAUGUUCAUUAAAUUUGGAUAAAAGUGUGAUAGUGACUCGAAUGAAGGGCCCUAUAGGAGCAAGGUUUUUGUUUUUAAAUAAUUUUUGUUCAUCGAGUGAGCUGAGGUAAGAAUUUUUUUGUGUGUGUGUGUGAGGAGACACAAGUCUGGCAGUUCUAUGACAAACAACAUCCUCCCCACCCCCAAAAUCACUCUGGGGUAUCUGUUCACUGAUGGGCGGUGAAGUGCUCCCCCCCCCCCCUGAAAAUAACCAUCAGCACCAAAUCCCAGGUCCGUGGCUCGAAUACGAGUUGUACACCUACGCGAUGUGUCGCUCAAUUUAUUUUGAAAGCACAAUCUCACUUACUUUUGUCUUCACAGGUGAAUGGAUUUCUAAAUUCUCUCUUUUCCCCACAGACUCUCUUCUCGUUUCCCCCAGGCUUCAAUAGGCAGGUAUAUAUACCUAACUAGAUCACAAUUGGGGCUCUAUUGACUUUAAUUUGCAGUGCCGGGAGCGUGAAGAAGAAAUGAUAUUCUGGCACACCGAAUGGAAGAAAGUAAACAUCAACAAUUGUAUUUCUGUUUUCGCUUCGCGGUCUGUGCAAACGAUCGUCGGAACAGGCGGGAGUUACUGAAAAGCGAACCAUUAUGCAGAUAGUGGCAAGAUCGGCUUUCGAGGAUUAGUAAUGGUCUAGGCCCACGGCUCUCAUGGUGUCCAUGUAUUGUGCCUGCUGUGAAGGAAGAAAGUUUGGAUAUGAAUGAAGUGAUCAAUCGAAAAUUGUGAGAACUGUUUGCUGGAAGUGAAGGAGGUAUAUAUUUCUACAUUAUUCAUUGCCCGCGGAACAGAAGUUGCUGUAAGUAUCACUGACGCUUUAAUAGAAACACCUAGCAUUUUGAGGGACCCUCGAUCUUCAGAGUCGGAAACCACUUCAGAUCAUCCACGUGGAUAUACUACAUGUAUGAUAGAAUUCAAAUUGACUACGUAUUAUAACUGGAUCAACAUUUUGAAAUUGCUUUUUUAAAAAUAGAUAUUACCCCUUUGUUUAUGUAUCGACUUUAAUUAUUCCCUAUCAGUAGCACAUCGACCUUUGUACUUUACUUUGAUGUAUAGACAAAACAGUUUACUAAGUGAUCAAAGAACAAUACUGGGCUAUAUCAUUGCUGUUGAACAACAUACGAGUAACAAGCGGCUGCAACGCUAAACAGUUCUUAGAAAAAGACGAAACAACGCUGACGUCCGAAAGAGCAACUUAGAAAAGUAAUGUAAUUAUUCCAACGCCUGCUUGCCAUUUUGUUUAAGGAAUAUUAACGAGAGGACACUUCUUGGCAUGAUUUGCAUAUGACAAUUUCGAACUUGAAAAACACAUAAGUAUAGCAUUGCUCUUCAGCCAACUGUACAUUGACGAACUGCUUAGAAAUUGCCGUAUAGGAGAAAUCAUAUUUUUUCUGAAUAUAGUUCUGAUUGUCUACGUUAAACGCGUCGAAAAUAUAGUCUGUAAAGAGGACAAUAACAAUACAGCGUAUGGAUACGACCUUGAAGAUUCUCAAUGAAUAUUUGAACGCACAGCUGCAUGCAUUGUUUUCUCAAAGUUCAUGACGUCCCGACCUCGAUCAGGGUUUGCUAUACCUCUCAAGGUUUAACCCUGUCAGUGCCAUAGACGGGUAUACGACGUAAGAAAUCAAUCGGUUUUAGGAUUUAUGCGCAACGAGAAGGUCAAUCAAAAUGUCGAAUGAUGAGCCAAUGUACCAUACCUUACAACACCUCGACAUCGACGAUGACGGCGACGACGAGCCUGGAGUCGGGUAUGAUGAUCUGGAGGAUGGCUCCGGCAUUGAGGGCGAUGUGACGACUAGGAACCGGCCGUCGAACGGGUACUCGCCCGGCGAUUUGCCGACGAGAAUCGUAGAGAACCCGCCACCGUACGAACCAGCCCAACAAGAUAAUCUUCUAAAUACCACCCCCGCGUACGAUGGUAGUUUUCCGAUGGCAUCGAUGUCGAGGGAUGCGUACGACAUGGACGAUGACAACGCGUUUGAUGACGAUGACGACGAUGACGAGAUGAAUCCUCCAGAGUGUGGGUGGUGGAAAUUCAAGCCUAGAUGCAUGAGGGCGUGCAUGAACGUGAAAGCGUACCUGGUGAUCUACUCCCUGAUCGGUAUAGUCCAGGUGAUGACGUCAUAUGGCAUGGUCUCCAUCGCAGUGACUACCAUCGAGAAACGCUUCCAGCUGACCAGCUUCCAGAGUGGUAUCAUCCUCAGUGCCUACCAGUUCGCCAGCAUGUUUUUUACAGUCUUUAUUACAUAUAUUGGUGAGCAGCGUCACAAGCCCCUAUGGGUGGGCUGGGGUUCCAUGUUCCUUGCCUUGGGGUCCAUCCUCUUCACCCUACCUCACUUCUUGAGUGACUUUUACAACCCCGAGGACCGGUCCAGUGGGGGCUCCGACCAAGCGGUGUGCCCCCUAUCGAACCUCAGCAUGGGCGUGGCAAUGGACACGUGCGGUGCAGGGAAUGAAACUGAAAGCGGAGGAGAUGGCGGCGACCCUUCGCGAUUCUUAUGGCUCUUCGUCCUAGCUCAGCUAUGUAACAGCCUCGCCGCCGCGCCAGUCUUCACCCUCGGGGUGACGUACUUGGAUGACAACCUCUCCACCAAAACAUUCGGUUUAUACAUGGGUAUAUUCAACGCGGUAAUGAGCUUUGGGCCAGCAGCAGGUUAUUUCAUUGGGACCAUGACGCUCUCCCUUCAUACCAACUUCUACUCUGACUUGUCAAGCGUUACCAUCACUCCUGAUAAUCCUCUCUGGGUAGGUGCAUGGUGGCUGGGGUUUCUCAUCAGUGCCAGCCUCGUCAUUCUCUCAGGGUUUACUAUCAUGGCCUUCCCAAGAGCCCUACCAGGAAUGAAAAAGAACCAACGCGAGCGGCGUCGACAAGGGAACAAGGGUAGCGAGUUCGUGAGUCGACCAGGGCUUGGUAACUCGAUACGAGACGCUCCACGAGCCCUCGUCAAGAUCCUCAGCAACGUCCCUUUCCUCUUCCUCUCCCUCGAGGCCGCCACCGACUAUUUCAUCGGAACGGGCAUCUUCGUCUUCACACCCAAGUUCUUCGAGUCGCAGUUCAAUAUGAACGCAAGAGACGUCGGCAAAUCUCUAGGAUUUAUUGUGAUGACGCAACACUUUUUGGGGUCCAUCAUCAGUGGCGGUAUAAUCAAGAAGUUUGAUUUAAAGUUUGAAGGUCUACUGAAGCUUAGUAUUUGCUCUGUAUUCGCCUCAUUAUUAGUGGGACUAGGUUUUCUCAUGCACUGCCCUAAUCCACCACUAGCAGGGAUUACUGUCGAAUACCAAACUUCAACACGUAUAUCUGCGGAUGAAGUCUCGCUCAUCUCUGCAUGCAAUUCCCAUUGUACCUGUACGGAGUACUUCGAGCCCGUAUGCGGAGAGGACAAUGUCAUGUACUUCUCGCCUUGCUAUGCAGGCUGUAGGGAGGACGAGUACGUCGAUGACGCGGGAACAACGGUAUUCACCGACUGCAGAUGUAUUAUGCUAAACGGUACGUCCACACCUACGUAUGAUGACGUCACAACGGACAGCGGGGAUCGACCGUUCCUGUACGGGGGUGCUAAACCGGGGCGUUGCCAGACGUGGUGUAAUGUGCAAUGGCUGUACCUGGUAUUGAUAUGGUUGUUUGCAUUCUUUGGAACAAUGACGACAAUCCCGGCUUGGAUUGCGACUAUGAGGUCUGUGUCGUACUCGCAGAGAGCGUUUGCACUGGGAGUACAAUGUAUCUUCUAUGGCGGUCUAGAUACUCCAAAACCAGGUACCGUUCCAGCACCCAUCGUUUUCGGCUUGGUCAUCGAUCGCGCCUGCAUCAAGUGGGACGAGUCGAGCUGUAGCGGGUCCGGGGCGUGUCUCAUCUACGACAACCAAGCGUUCGCCAGGUACUUCCUCAUCCUGGUCGUGUGCUUCAAGUCCGCAUCGUUCCUCCUCUUGGUGCUCUCUCGGUGGUGCUACACGCCUGCCGAGGAGGAGAAGAUGGACGCAAGGGACGUGUACGGCCCGCGGGCGAGAACCCGAGUUCCGACGACUGAACUCUGAUGACUGCUGCAUGCUUGAAAUGACUGUUCUAUGCCAGCUGCAGCCUGCAUGCGCACGAGGCGUUAUUUGCCUGACGUAAGAGUGCGUCAACGAGUGGAGCGGCCGUACGUUUACGCACGUUGUAAAGAGUCGGAUGACAUCGUAUAUAAUGCAAAAUGAACAGUGGAAACAUUGUGUUAAAUAUUGGCGUUUACGUGCGCUAUUGGCUUUACACGCUUGAUUAGCGGAGGUGAAAACGCAAUUGAAUUGACGCCUCGUGUUCAGCGGGCAUUGCAUCAUAGUGAUAUAGAGAAUAGAAACGCGCAGCUUCUUCACAGCGGCGGGUCAAGGCUUAUUUUACUGUGGAGGGAUGGAAUAGACAAGUACAAAUUCGGUUUGUAUUCAGAUGUGUAUUAAUGUAUGAACAAUAUGACGUCGUGUGGGGGGGGG